AUGAUAGCUAGCAAUGAUAACAAUAAUACAGAACAACAAGAACAACAACUACAAGAUAUCGUAUUGGGAGUUUUGAAGCGUACAAAAGAUAGAGAAUUUGUAUUGAAUAUUGUUAAACAAAAUGGAUUGUUACUUACAUAUGCAGAUGAAUCAUUCAAAAAAGAUAGAGAAAUUGUAUUGGAAGCUGUUAAACAAAAUGGAUUGGCACUUCAAUGUGCUGAUGAAUCACUUAGAAAAGAUAGAGAGAUAAUAUUGGAAGCUGUUAAAGGAAAGGAAACUGAUAGUGAUUGGAAUGCUGCAGUUCAAUAUGGACUGUUACUUAAAUAUGCGGAUGAAUCAUUGAAAAAAGAUAGACAAUUUUUAUUGCAAGUUGUUGUGUUGCAUGAAUUUUUGUUUGACUUUGCUGAUCAAUCAUUGAAAAAAGAUAGAAAUUUUGUUUUGAAUGUUGUUAAACAAAAUGGAAAGGUACUUGAAUAUGUUGACGAAUCUUUUAAAAAGGAUAGAGAAUUUGUAUUGGAAGCUGUUAAACAAAAUGGAAAUGCACUUCAACGUGCAGAUGAAUCAUUUAAAAAAGAUAGAGAAAUAGUAUUGGAAGCUGUUAAACAAAAUAGAUUGGUACUUGAACAUGUUGAUAACUCAUUUAAAGGAGAUAUUCCUUUCAUUUUCUCCCUAUUCAAACACAAUACCAAGAUUGCAAAAGAAUUCUCUCCUUCUAUUACCAAAAGCAUUGAGGAUUGUGUUGAUUUACAUAGAAUGCUAUCAACAAAUAUUAUUGAACUAUACUCAAAAAAGUAUUUGGAAGAAAAGGAUUUAUAUUUUGCUAUUGAGUUAAGUUCACUAUUUAAUCCAAAAUCCAAAAGCGCACUAUUUAAUUAUUUCAACCAAAAAACCUAUUCACCACUACUUGUUGAAAAAUUAAUCACCUUCCAAAUAUUGAAACAAAUGAACCACGAAGAAUUGUCCAACAAUAUUCCUAUUUCAGAAAGUGCUAACUUUCAUUUAUUUUGUUUCAGAUUGGAUAAUUUUCUUAAAGAUAAUCCUUCCCAAACAACAGACAUGAAGGAUUUGAAGAAUGUUGUGGAAAAUGUUUCAAGUAAUUUCAAAACCUCUUUUUAUUCAACAAAGGAAAUUAUGGAAAUUAUGAGUUUUGUCAUUAAAUGGUUUGAAAGUGAGCAAACAUUUGAGAAUUACAAACAAAUAUUGUGUAAAUACAAUGAAUUACGAGGAGAUUUAGCAAAAAUUUUCAAAGCACUCAAUUAUUACUAUAUUCAUUUCAAAAUGGAAUAUGACUUUAUUUCAGUUUUAGGAUAUGGAGCAGAAGGCGUCGUUUUCAAAGUAUUUCACAAAAAAACAAAAUCUUUACGAGCCAUGAAAUUCAAAUAUGAUCCAGAGGGUUCUGAAGCUGCUACCAACUACACAAUUAAUUUAUUGAAAAGAACAGAUAUUGAAGGAAAGAUCAAGUGUUUUGAAUGUGCUGUUAUUCAAAAUCAUUUGUAUUCAGUGAUGGAGCUUGGAGAGGAAUCAUUGUCACAUUAUAUUUACAGAAAUAAUGACAUUUAUCGAGACACCUUCUUAACCAAGGACAAAUUAAUAGAAUUGUUUGAAAUAUUCACCAAAGUAUUGAGAUCAGUCAAGUCAAUUCAUGAUCAUAAUAUUGCUCACAGAGAUUUAGAUCCGCAAAAUAUUGUUAAAAUUGGAGAUACUUUUAAAAUUAUUGAUUUUGAAACAUCAAGAGUUAUUAAGAUAGGUCACUCAAUUACAAUUGCACGUGGAAAGUAUGCCUACAUGUCUCCUGAGGUUUCACAUGACAAUUACACUGACAACAUGUUUAAAUAUGGUGAUAACGAUAGAUUAGCUCACAAUAUUGGACAAAUAACCACUUCAUCUGAUAUUUUCUCUUUGGGAUGUAUUUUUUUGAAAUUACUGACCAAUUGUCCAUUACAACUGGAUGAAAAAUUUGUAACUGAUCCAGAUGUUUCAAAGUACAAUAAUGGCUAUCCAUACUUUAGUGGAUAUGGAAAGUAUUUCUAUACUGUAAUAACAACAACUGAAGGAGAAAUGAAAUUACAUUAUGCAAUUGAAAAACUGAUCAAUCAUUCUAUCGAUCCAGAAGUUGGAAUUAAUGAACUAUUGAUCAGAUGUAUCAUUACAAUGAUUCAAAGAGAUUCAACCAAAAUAUUGAAUUGUUAUUUACACCUUUUAAUAAUUGAGAAUAUUUUGAAAUUCUUGCGAGGUGAAAUUAAAGAUUUAACAUUGAACAUUACCAAUGAAAUUGAAGAAUUUAAGAAAAUCAUGCCAUUGAAAAGUUACUCUCAACUAGCUGAGGAAGUGGAUAAAAUUACAUUUGAAAAAAACAAACAAGUGAAAGAACUAUUGGAAAGAAAUAAAAUUGUUGGAAGAGGAAAUUAUAACACUUAA